GUGAACUCAGCCUUAGCUUGAUCCAUAUCAAUGCCUAUUGCGCCAUCUAUCGAGAACAAAUACUCCACAAAGGUCGCUCGGGUAGCAGCACCUGGCUGUCAUACUUGUCAGUACGCUUUUAUAACUCAGCUGAUAACAAGUAAAAAUUAACCAGCUCAAUUACUGAAGUAAUAGGUAUGGCCAGUCCAAAUACAACAACUAUGGGCGACUUGGCCCAAAUUGUACCUGACAAUAAUGAGGAGAAAGAAGCGUUUCUGUUAAUUUUGCAAUCAAUUCAGAAAAACUAUCCCUCAAAUUGGGAGUCAUGGCAAGUAACAAACCAUUCUAUUGAGAGUUUUGCUGGAUCGUCGAAAGGUUAUGGCAAAUUCAGGUUCGGCAUUCCAACCUCUGACUUGUUUCGUGCAUUUUAUCCAGAUGACGUAGACCUUUCUGAAAAGUCUUAUAGGCAAAUUUUGUCGAUAAUUUUAUCAUGGCCUUUAGGAAAGGCAUUAUUAUAUUCUCCUCAUGCUAUCAUGGCACAAAUACACGCAUCUUCAUAUACUCCAUUUAUGAACACAAUUUCUUAUCUUAAAGCUCGUGGUAAAUUGACCAUAACGGGCAAGACAUCCAGCCAGCCUGCAGGCAGUACACCAACCUCGUGUGGUUCUAAAGCUUCCCAUAAAAGGAUGAGAGUAGAAGACAAUACAGCGAUGCAUACCAGUCAACUGCAUAUGAGGGGCGAUUAACCCCCUCCUAAACGUCCAUUCGUUGGUGGUGACCA